ACUUUUAGUUAAAAUCUAUUACACGUGAAGUUAGCUCUCAUUUCAGUGUUUAGUGCGGUGGUAAACAUGAUCUUUAUAACUCAUUUUCUUUUAUUUUUCAUAUUUAUUUUAAAUAAUAGUGAUGCUAAAACAGUACAUAGAACAUUUGAGUACAAAUAUUCAUUCAAACCUCCGUACUUAGCUCAAAAAGACGGCUCAGUACCAUUUUGGGAAUAUGGUGGUAAUGCGAUUGCUAGUUCUGAAAAUGUAAGAAUUGCACCUUCUUUAAAAAGUCAAAAAGGUGCUAUAUGGACAAAACAGCCAAUUAAUUUCGAUUGGUGGGAAGUUGAUAUUGCUUUUAGAAUAACUGGAAGAGGAAGAAUCGGAGCGGAUGGUUUAGCGUUUUGGUAUACCCAAAACAAAGGAUCAUUUUCCGGCGAUAUAUUUGGAUCUUCAGAUCAAUGGGUCGGUCUCGGUUUGUUUUUUGAUUCAUUCGACAAUGAUAACAAACACAAUAAUCCCUAUAUCAUGGCGGUAUUAAAUGAUGGAACAAAACAAUUUGAUCAUCAAAAUGAUGGUACUACUCAACAACUCGCUGGUUGUCUCCGCGAUUUUCGUAAUAAACCAUAUCCUACAAGGGCGAAAAUAGAAUAUUAUCAAAAUACACUUACUGUGUUGUUCAAUAACGGAAUGACGAAUAACGAAAAAGAUUUUGAUAUGUGUUUGAGAGCGGAAAACAUAGUUUUACCAAGGGGGGGAUAUUUUGGAAUUUCAGCUGCCACCGGAGGCCUAGCCGACGACCACGACGUCAUACAUUUCCUCACAAAGAGUUUACACCCCAUCGAACAAUCUCAACAAAAUCAAAUCGUAGGAGAGGACCAACAAAAACUGCAACAGGAGUAUCAAGAGUACCAACAAAAAUUGGAGGCCCAAAAAGCGGAAUACAAAAAAGAACACCCAGAUGAGCGUAAAGACCCCGACGUGGAAGAUUGGUUUGAAUCAGAGUCUCAAAGAGAACUAAGACAAAUAUUCCAAGGUCAAAAUCAAAUAUACGAGGUUCUCAGAGAAGUUAAUAAAAAAAUCGACGAAAUUGUCGGAAGACAAGAAAGAACGAUGAGUCUUAUAUCACAACAAGCUUCCAUGGUUCAAGGAGGAGGAGCUCCACCACCACCACCUGGUAUCCCAGCAGCACAAGUUGGGGAUACUAUUAGAAGACACGAAGUUGACGCUCUUUUCAACAACCACAAUCUUUUCAGUGGAUAUUUACAAGAGAUUAAGCAAUUUGUGGUGGAAUUGAAACUACGAGCCGACACAAUUUUAAACAACCAAGCUAAACAACCUACGGCUCAAGUACAAUCUGUCGGUUAUGAUACUCAAUCUUUGAUCAGUGAAAUGCGAGACGGACUGAACCACGUCAAACAGAAUUUAGUGCAAUUAUCUCAAAAAGCACCGGCGCAACAAAAUUGUCCAGUAGUAACUUGUGUCAAUACAACAACGGUCCUUAUGAUCGCCGCUGUGCAGUUAGCCAUAAUAUUAGCGUAUAAUCUUUACAGGGACAGCAGAGAGAGCAGUAGCAAAAAAUUUUAUUAGACUAGAUGUGACAAAUCGUGAGAUUGAUUUUUUUCUUUUUUUUUUGUAAAAAGAGGCAUUGUAUCUCUUUUGACAUUUUACAGUGUGUAACUAGUUCCGGGAACGACAAGUCUUCUCAUUUUCUACAGUUUAUUUAAUCCACUUUCAAUUUGAAUAAUGAAUAUGAAUGUAGUUGUUUUUUUUUUUAAUUUCAUAGUUUUUGAUUAUGAGAAAUUGAAUUUCUUUUUGUAAUUCUUAAUCAUCAAAUCAAGACAAAUCAUCACGAAACCUCAUUUUCUUCACAUAUUUUUGUCUUGAUUUAGCAGUUUCUCUCAGAGUAUUGAAAUUAAGGUAACAAAACAUUUUAACGGUUAUUUACCUAUUAAAUUGCCAUUUGUAUUCAACACUGUAUUAUAUUUUUGUAAGAUAUUUACUUCUAAUAAAUUUGUUUUAAUUGAAAGUGGAAUUUCUUAAUACGAUUUUAUUGUAAUAAAUAUACCGGAGCUCAUUUCAGAUGCUCUCUUUUUUGUUUUCUUUCUGAUUGUUUUAAUGUUUUAAAAACAUUUCCAUUGGCGCGAGCUUGUUUUUUUGGACGUAUAUUUUUCUAUUUGUGUUUUCAUACGGUUUUAAAUGUUUAUAUAUAUAAAAAAAUGGUACUUUAAUAAAAAUGAGGUUUUGUUACAAGA